AACCAGGCCACUGGAGAUUGUUUGGGGAAGAGCUUCUACACAAGAGCUGCAUUCAUUAAUGCCCUUGGUUCUUAUAAACAGUUUGGCAAGAUUGGGUCUGCCGAUGAUUCUAAGCGUGAGAUAGCUGCUUUCUUCACCCAUGCCACACAUGAGACAGGAAGUUUUUGCCAUAUAGAAGAAAGGAAUGAUCCUGCCACGGAGAAUUACUGCAACGCAAAGAACCCCCAAUAUCCUUGCAACCCUAGCAAGCGUUACUACGGCCGAGGACCACUCCAAAUAACCUGGAAUUACAACUACGCUCAGGCGGGAAGCAAUAAAGGAUUUGAUGGAUUAAACUCUCCUGAAACUGUUGCCACAGACACAGUUGUGUCUUUUAAGGCUGCCAUGUGGCAUUGGAUGACCAGUGUUCAACAAUAUGUGAGCCAGGGGUUUGGAGCAACCAUCAAGGCAAUUAAUGGUGAUGUUGAAUGUAAUGGUAAAGAACCUGCAAAGGUUCAGUCUCGCAUCGACAAAUACACUCAAUAUUGUCAACAAUUUGGUGUUGCACCCGGCGAAAAUCUCUCUUGCUAGUAUCAUGAGGGAUAUCAUGUAUUUUGCUAUAACCAUUUAUUAA